AACCCGUUCAACAUCCAUCUCUCAGCUGGAGGCUCCACGGGCGGCGAGGCGGCGCUUAUUGCCAUGAAAGGGUCCGUCCUCGGUGUGGGGACAGAUAUCGGUGGGAGCAUCCGCGGACCGGCAGCGUUUUGUGGCAUCUAUGGCUUCAAGCCCACAUCAAACACCCUGCCCAUGCAAGGCUUCAUAGCGAGUCCCUUCCCUGCCGAGCUCAACAUCCUGGGUUCUACUGGCCCGAUGUGCCGCAGUCUCAGAGAUAUGGACUUCUUUAUGAGUAGAGUUCUAGCGGAUAAGCCACAUCUCUUGGAUCCCAGGCUUGUACCAAUCCCAUGGACUGGCUUGCAGACGACCUCGACUAAGAUUCUCAAGCUCGGGAUCAUCGAGAACGAUGGCUUCGUGGAGCCACAACCUCCAGUCAAACGCGCCAUUACCUGGGCACGUGAGCUUCUGACGGACCCCCGUCAUGCAGGCGCUAUUAGCAUUAAGUCUUUCAAGAUAUCUGGUGCAGCGGAGGCCUGGCGCAAGGCCAGACGGAUGUACUGGCCCGACGGCGGCUCAGGCUGUCGUGACGCGAUCCUCUCGAGCGGCGAGCCACUCCAUCCCUUGAGCGAGUGGAUUUGGAAAGACGCCGAACCCUUCGGCAUGCUUACAGCUGCCGAUGUCAGUAACAUGCGUGGUGACCGUGAUAAUUAUCGUCUUGCGUUUGCCCGUGCCUGGGAAGAGCAGGAUAUCGACGUUCUCCUUUGCCCAGCCUACGUGGGACCUGCCUGUGCUCAUGAUACAGCCUUCACAUGGACAUACACAUCACUCUACAACUUUGUGGACUAUCCGGCGGUCGUUAUUCCUACGCCGAUUGUGACAGAGGCUGGGGAGCAGUACGAUCCUUCAUACGAGCCUUUGAGUGAAACCUGCGAACAGGUAAAGCAGCUUUGGGAGAAAACCGAUUUCCAAGGAGCACCAGUAAACCUGCAGCUGGCAGCACGCAAGUACCACGACAAUGAGCUUUUUGGAGCCCUCAGCAGGCUUAAGGAUAUUCUCGGUUUGAACUAG